GCGUUCCAAAUCCAGGCAGUAGGUUUGUGCAAAAGCUGAAGCUCGAUUCAGCUCGCGCCACUGGCCAAUGGUUCAUCUUCGGGGGUUAGACCGGACAGACUCGUAUAACCAGAACCUCAGCUGACCGGAAUAUCCUGCAACCAUAUCCCGACCCUUUCUGCGUUCUUGAAAGAAAACCGGCGAUCCAGCUUUUUACGAAGCUUUGCAUGGUAAGUCAUUGCAAUUUGCAAUGGCUAAUCACAUGAUAGCAUGGACGCACUCUCGAAGAGGUCCUCCAGAUGAGGUCCUCACUCUCUCUACGCUGCCGGUACCAGCACUCGCCAGAUCGAACCAGGUCCGAGUCAAGAUCACGCACUGCGCUUUAAACCCCGGAGCGAGCAUCAUUAUGCAGCUUCUGCCAUUUAUUUUUCGCGUCUCAACUGCUAUUCCAGAGAUGGACUUCGCGGGCAUAGUAGAUGCUAUCGGGAUUGAAGUUCCGCCAGAACGAGAUCUUACUAUCGGCAGACGAGUUUUUGGCUCCAUCCCAGUCUCUCAACACGCGGGGACGCUAUCGGGUGCGUUAGGAGAAUAUGUGGUUGUCGAUCACCAAGCUGUUGUAACGAGCCCAGAGGGUCUUGAAAGUCAUGAGCUUGCCGGACUUCCAAUCGCAGGUUCUACAGCUAUAGAGCUGGUCCAGGCUGCAGAGCUGAAGCGUGGGGAUAGCGUGUUGGUGAAUGGCUCAGCAGGAGGCAUUGGUCAUUUGGCGCUGCAAAUGUGCCGUGAACAAGUCGGCGAAACGGGCAAAGUCGUAGCUAUCUGCUCGAAGGAAAACUUGGACUGGGUGAAGCGGCUCGGAGCGGACGAAGUCAUUGAUCGUACAGCCCAUUGUCCCUUGCACGAACACCUGAAAGUGAUGUUCGGGUCAUCUCGAUUCGAUGCGGUCAUCGAUGCGGCCGGUGUCCAGGAGCUCUUCAAUACUUGCCCCGAGAUACUGAAGGAAGGGAAACCGUAUGUCACCGUGGGCCCAAGGCCAGGAUCUUACACCAUCCUUGGAAUGCUUUCGAUGAUCAAGUCAAUGGCGGAGAAUCUCUUAUGGCCCAAGAUACUGGGCGGCGUGGCUCGGGACUACCGUCAGGUCACGGGGAUCGCUACACCCAAGGCAAUGGCAGACCUGGUAAAGAUGGUGCAGGCGGGGACCCUGAAAGUUCAUGUCGGUACACUUGUGAAGAUCGAACAAGCCAAGCAGGGCUAUGAUAAGUUAUUGAAAGGUUCAGUAUCAGGCAAAAUUGUGGUUGAGGUCAGUCAAUAGGAAGCUGGCAUAGACCACCGGUCUGUCAUGAGCUAGGCUCAUACGAAACCAAAUGAGAGAAUGUAUCUCGAAACAGGUAAUCGAUGAACAGUGGAUGGUAACACUUCCCUGGAGGCUAUUUAUAGCCAGAGAAGUUAACGCUAGCCAUAUAUAGCCUAGUGAAGGAUUCAGAAGUGCACCUGCACCAGUUUAGACCGGCCCAGUCUCGUC